UAUUGUGAUGUGCUUUUCGGACUUGUCAUGUGUCGUGCUUAUAUGAAGUUUCUUCACUUAUUUAAUUUUCAAGUUGAGGUUGUACUUUAAAAUUUUGGGACAACAUUUUUUUAAGGAAGAAAGAAUGUGAAGACUCGAUCAAAAUUGAGAAAAUAAAAAAUAAAAUAAAAUAAAGGAAGUGGGUCCCACACAUUUUUUUAAUUCAUUCGAUUUGCCACUCCACUCAUCAAACUCUCUCUCUCUCUCUCUCUCUCUCUCUCUCUCUCUCUCUCUCUAAAGUUUCAAAGAAGCCGUAACCACCACCACCACUGGAGACCAUAUUCUGGCCACCACCUAACCCACGCACUGCACAUUCAGACCCCCAACCGUCGGGGAUCUCAACCCCAAAGCGGUGCCUCCUCAUUCACUACCGUAAGCGAGAGAUCACGAGUCAAAGUUUGGAGGUUAAAACUUUGAACGCAUUUUUUGAUCACAUCUGGUGUUCGUUUGAUGAUCCGUCUUCACCACUAGACUCGGCUCGUCAAAGAGAACAAUCUCCACUAAGUUCUGCCCAGCUCGCUACUUUUUCGAGUGACAUUUUUGUAGCUCCAAUCACUUUCUGGUGAUAUCGUGUACCUCUUUAACAAAUAGUUGGCAUGGGUGUGGUCUACUCUUCGAGGUGGUCUUUUUGAUAUAUACUAUCUCUAUUUUUGGCAAAUGUUUCCGAUACACAAAUAUUUUUACUGCUAUCGAUAAUUAAUGCGCACUGUUUAAGUGAAGUUUCAGAACUCCAAACUUUAAAUAUAGUCAAAUUAUAUGUUGUUGGACUCAAUUUUAAAUAUAGAAUGCAAUGAUGAUAAUUAUUUAGUAUUGAUGGUAUAAGUGAAAGUGAUAUCUAAGAUUAGACUAAAAGAUUAGAACUUAGGACUUGAGAGCUUAUGAUAGUCUUUUUGGAUAAAGUUUAACAACUUAGGAGAGCUAGACACUGAACUUAAUUAUUAGACUUGAUUUUAUUGUGAUGAAUAUCAUUUGAUAUAUUUCAAUUUUAUUAAUCUAUAAAAUGUUUGAAAAAUUGAAAACUUAAUCUGCAUAUUUUUCUAGACUGUUCUGGAGUGCCAAAUAUAUUUUCGUACAAUUACCUAUGCAGGUUAUAUUUUUGGGUUUUAUCAAAUUACAGGCGUUAUACUGUCAAAUUUUCUAAAAUAAAGGGAAUAUGUACUUUUGCUAUUCCUGGUGCAUGUAUUUAGUUUUACUAAUGAGAGCCAUAUUUAUCAAAUCUUGUGCAUAUUAUUGUUUCACGAUCUAAUCUAUGUGUCAUCAUAGAUAGAUCAGGUGUGCACUCACAUAUAUGUGUAAGACCUAAAAUCUAUACGGAAAGUAAAAUAUAGCUGUGUAGAUAUUAUUAUCAUUUAUUAGCAUUAUCCCAUGAUUACAUAACCAAUUUCUCUGUUACUGAUAAUUAAUGUUCACCGCUUAAGUGAAAUUUUGGAACUCCAAACUUUGAAUAUAGUGAUGUUAUAUGUCGUUGGACUCAAUUUUAAAUGUAGAAUGCAAUGAUGAUAAUUAUUAAGUCAUUUGAUGGUAUAAGUUAAAGUGAUAUAUAAGAUUAGACUAAACAAUUGGAGUUCGGGAUGACUUGAGAGCUUAGACUUGAUAACAGCUUGAUAAUUAGACUUGAUUUUAUUGUGAUGAAUAACAUUUAACACAUUCUAAGGAAGUGUUCAUAUGUAGUACUCAAUGUAAUGUACUCACCCACUUCACAUCUCAUAUAAUAUUUUGGAAAUUUGAAAUAAGUUACAACAUUUUCCUUCACUUAUAAGUACUAACCCAACUUAACGAGCUGAUACCAACCAAAAUCCACCUUAUUAAUUUACCUUGCACUACAAAAAAAUACUCUUUUUUUUUUACAUGAAAAAAACACACAUUUCUUUAAAUGCAUUUAUCCGACUAUAUUGAAGCAAAAGAUUUCGUUCACUCACUUCUUGCAUGCACUAUAAUCCACUGGUUGGUGAAUUUGAGAGUGCAAUACAUAUAUAUAUAUAGCUAGCUUCUUCUCAUACCAAAACACACACCACUACUCUUCAGCUCUCAAUUACCAUAUUUCUAACAUGGGAAUAAUCAUAACAAAAACCACCAUAUGUGCUAUAAUCUUAAUUAUAACACUCCAUUAUUCCAUUUUACAUAUCAAUGCAGUAAACCCCUCCUCUUCCAACCACACAAGACAAGGCCGUUGGGACCUUUUACGUGAAAACGUAGGUGUAGUAGCCAUGCACAUGACCUUAACUCACCACGGCACAGUAAUCAUCUUCGACCAAACACAAGCCGGCCCUUCCCGGUACAAGCUCCGCCGCCGCUUCAGCAGUGGAAGACAUUGCUCAAGUUCAGGCGACGACGCCACCGACUCUUCAUGCUACGCUCACUCUAUCGAGUACGAUAUAUCAACCAACAAAAUAAGAGCUCUCAGAAUGGACACAGACCCUUGGUGCUCCUCUGGAUCUUUCCUAAGCAACGGGACACUCCUCCAAGCGGGCGGAAACGGCCGAGGAGCUCGAAGAAUCAGAUACUUUCGGCCUUGUAACAACACCGAAUGUGACUGGAGACAGUCCAGGACACAACUCUCGGAGGAGAGGUGGUACGCUUCGAGCUUGGCGUUGCCGCAACGCGAUAGGGUUGUUGUGGUUGGUGGGAGGAGAGUGUUCAGCUACGAAUUUGUUCCCAAAAUGUUAUCGAACGAUCAUCGAGCUUUUCACCUACCGCUUCUGAGCCAAACGAACGACAGGAAUUCGAGAGGGAAUAAUCUUUACCCAUUUUUGCAUCUUUCGUCGGAUGGUAACUUGUUUAUUUUUGCUAAUAGGGACUCCAUACUGUUUAACCACAGACGGAACAGGGUUGUUAAGAAUUUUCCGAGAAUACCGGGAGGCGGUUCGAGGAACUAUCCGAGUACUGGUUCUUCUGUUAUACUUCCUUUGAAUCAUAAUGAUAGGUUUCAGAGAGUUGAAGUCAUGGUCUGUGGUGGCUCCGCCUCUGGGGCUUACCAAGCUUCCCGCCGCCGUCAUAGAUAUCUUCAGGGCUUGGAUUCAUGUGGAAGGAUGGUUAUCACAGGCAACACACACAGAUGGAGAAUGGAACGAAUGCCAGGUCCUCGUCUAAUGAACGACAUGCUUCUCCUCCCAAACGGCGACGUAUUAAUCAUAAACGGCGCCAAAAGGGGCGUCGCGGGUUGGGAAAGAGCAAGAAACGCGUCUUUGAGGCCAUUCCUGUACAACCCAACAAAACCACAAGGAAGAAGAUUCUCCCUCCUCAGCCGCACAAACAUCCCAAGAAUGUACCACUCCUCGGCGGUCCUCCUUCCCGACGGGAGAGUCCUAGUAGGUGGCAGCAACCCAAACGAAAGGUACACUUUCAGGGGCGUAGAUUACCCAACUGAGCUAAGAUUACAAGCUUUCACUCCCCACUACAUGGACAACCACUACAACCCCACUAGACCCUCAAACGUCACUUUGCUCAGCCAACACCUUAACGGCGUCGUUUACGGUUCAGAGUUUCACGUUCGUUUUUUCAUGUCUAAUACAACAACAAUAAGCAGGCCCAGUCGCGACUUUGAGUUUGUGGUUUACGCGCCGCCAUUUACGACUCACUCAAUGUCGAUGAAUCAGAGGUUGUUGAGGCUGAGAGCUAAGAGUGUGGUUACAGAUAAUAAGAGCAGUAGUGGUUGGGUUGAGGCAGUUUUGGAGGCUCCUCCUUCUCCUAAUGUUGCUCCAUCUGGUUAUUACAUGCUUACUGUUGUUAAUCAAGGGAUUCCUAGUGUUUCUCAGUGGGUUCGGUUCAUACAUAGUUCAUAGUUUAUAGUAUUUCUCUUGAGGUUUAUAGUUUGAAAUGGGUUGAAGAAUAAGUUUAACAAUGAGACCCUUUUAAUUAUUAUAUAUAGCUCAUAUAAUUAAUGAAAGAAUUACACCUUUUUAUUCUUA